AGCAGCCCAAAGCUAUUUAAAGAUAUUAUGCUACGGACUUAGUAGACAGUUCGUGGACACACACUUGUUCGUUAUAGAAACAUCAGUUUUGCAUUUUGUGCUGUAACUGCAAUAUUUCAGUCCUUUGUUUUUUCGCUAUGAAGUUAAUGAGAAAACUUCCAUGUGUUCAUCGAUUACAGAUGCACGGGCAUCAUGUUUUCAAACACCUUACUCCUUAGACUUUUAAACACAUCAAUGUCAGGCCGUUCUGUCAAACGAACAUAUAUUUCAACCAGAUAUACCAAAAUAUCGUCGCAGGCGAAAAAGCAGAAGAAGGAGAGCAGCGAUGUUAUAUCGUCACCAUCACCGAGUCCAGAGCAACUGGAGCGGAUCGCCAAAAACAAAGCGGCGGCUCUGGUGCGGCUCAACUCCCACCAGCAUGUUCCAGACGGGAUCGGAGAGAGCUGGAAAAAAGCCCUGAACAGGGAGUUUGGAAAGGAAUAUUUCAAAUCAUUAAUGUCUUUUGUUGGUGAGGAGAGAAAAAAGCACACCAUCUAUCCGCCUCCUCAUGAAGUUUUCACCUGGACACAAAUGUGUGAUUUAAAAGAUGUAAAGGUUGUGAUACUGGGCCAGGAUCCUUAUCACGGACCUAACCAGGCUCACGGGCUGUGUUUCAGCGUUCAGAGACCUGUGCCUCCUCCGCCGAGCUUGAUCAACAUGUUCAAAGAACUGGCAUCAGACAUAGAAGGCUUUGAGCAGCCAGGCCAUGGAAAUCUAACGGGAUGGGCAAAGCAAGGCGUCCUGUUGCUGAAUGCUGUGCUAACCGUGCGCGCACACCAGGCUAACUCUCACAAAGACAAGGGUUGGGAGAUGUUCACAGACGCUGUGGUGCAGUGGCUCAAUGCUAACUCGCAGGGUCUUGUUUUCAUUCUCUGGGGCUCAUAUGCACAGAAGAAGGGGGCUGUCAUCAACAAGAAGCGACACCAUGUUCUGCAGGCAGUCCACCCUUCGCCGCUGUCCGCCCACCGCGGCUUCUUCGGAUGCAAACACUUCUCGAAGACAAAUGAACUGUUGACAAAGUCAGGGAAGGAGCCCGUGGACUGGAAAGCACUGUGACGUUUUCCUCUCCGAGUCGGAUGGAAUGUCGUCAGCCGUGUUUGGAGGACAAACUUCUUUGUUUUUGUUCUGUCGUGAUACACUAUCUAUUUGAUUUACCUAGCUGCAUAGGUUUAUAGUAUACACUAUUUGCUUGUCGUUUAACACUGAAUUUUUCCAUGCACUUUCUGUUUAUGGCUCAACUGUUUAGAUUUAGUUGACAUAAGGAUUGUUUUAUCCAGAUAGCUUUGUGAUCACUGUUUGUGAUGUGUUCCUCCUGGUACGAUUUAAAAGGUAUCAGUAUGGCUGUAAAGCUGUUUGUUAUGCAAAACAAUAAACUAUUUUUUCUACUGAACAUUA